ACACUUAACCUGCACAGCUUCUAUAUUUUGAUUUGAGCGAACUUACACCUCAGUUCAUUACAACACACUGACCCUUUCCUUGUGGACAAGCAUUCAAUCAGGGAUUCCCGCAAAUAUCAGUGAGUCAGUAUGAGUCGGUGUUAUAAAAGUAUCCACCAAUCUGAACCAUUGUGAACAAGCCUCUUAAACUGGCCCUCAUUUUUCACAUUGUCAAAGUUGAAUACAGUAUUCUGUAUGUGCUUGUGUCAGCCCUUUACGAGACACCCUUGCUAUGACAGUACUAAUGUAUCAGUUGGAAAACAGGAAACUUUGAUACCUUGAGUGGGAUUUAAAAUAAACUUUGAACUUUGAACAUGAGCUUGCUAUAAUGGAUCUGUCGAAGAAUUCGCGGAGGUACAAAGUUCAAGGGGGAAUCUUUCUGGUGAUUCUGGAUCAUCUCCGACACGUUCACGAGACACUGUUGAAUAAGACGGCUUACUGUUGCAUUGCCGUCGAUGCUUCCAUCAGCCACACCAUAAGAAGACUAGGAGCCCUUAAUCUGAUGAGAACAGACUGGAAUACUGAUAAUCUCCACACUGCUCCACAAAGACCUACACGUUUUACACACCUUGUAUUUGUACUGUUUACUCUUUGUUUUACAAUGUAAAACAAUUCAUUUUAAAUUCUCUAUCUAUUGGAUGGAGAAUCGUGUUGUAAGUUUGCUUAACCUUUGUGUCUGUGAGCUUUCAUAAAGCAACACUAAAACAAUAUAAUAAGCAAAAAGCAAUAAGUGCAGUUUCUUUCAAAUACAAGUCAACCAACAUAUCUAGCAGCAAACCUCAUGUCCUGACACAUUCAGAAUCCCUCUGAGAUAAAUUAACCCUGAUUUGAACAGGCCUUAAACUUUAUGACCCCCAUUUAUUCCAAAUUAAAGGAGCCCCGAUUGCUUUGUUUGUGGAGGUGCAAAUGGGAUUAUCAGCCUAACUACUACCGCAGCCAUGUGGCGACCAUGUUGUUGUAUGUUUGUCCCUGUGAUUUAGCUGGCUGGUAUUAUCAAACCCUUUGUAGUCCAAAAAAAGCUAUCCGCUGAUUGCUUAACUGGAUUAUGCAGCAGGCAUCGACAGCAAUAAUGGACAAGUUAAACCCGAAUGAUGCUCAGCGAGAGGCUGCACGUAUAAAAAGGCCGAUCAACUGUCGCAAACCGCACUCUCCACUUACCCUGACACACUUCACCAAGCUCCCAGACAACUGAGAAGAGACGACUUGCAGAGAUGGCAAAGGUUUUCAAGAAGACCAGCAAAGGCGGAGGGCUGACUCUGUGCCUGGGGAAGAGAGACUAUGUGGACCACAUGGACAAAGUGGACCAAGUUGAUGGUGUCGUAAAGCUGGACACAGCAGAUUUUGCAGGCCGGAAAGUGUUUGUGCAGCUGGCAUGUGCCUUCCGGUACGGGAGCGACGACCUGGAUGUGAUGGGCCUGUGCUUCAGGAAGGACAUCUGGAUCACGCAUGUCCAGAUCUACCCAGAGAACCACAAGCCCUCUCUGAGCGAAAUGCACAACACCCUGAUUAAGAAACUUGGAGACAACACAUACCCUUUCACUUUUGAGAUUCCCAACAACCUGCCAUGCUCCGUCUCUCUGCAGCCCGGACCAGAUGACAAGGGGAAGGCAUGUGGUGUCGACUUUGAGGUCAAAGCGUUCCUCGCCAAUGACAAGUGCAACGCCGAUGAGACGAUUGACAAGAAGGACACCGCUCGCCUUAUCAUUCGUAAAAUCCAGUACGCCCCCGCUAAGGUGGGCACCGGGCCCAAGGCUGAUGUCUGCAAGGGCUUCAUGAUGUCCGACAAGCCUGUUCACCUCGAAGCUUCACUGGAGAAAGAUCUCUACUUCCACGGUGAAUCAAUCCCAAUCAAAAUCAAAAUCAACAACGAGACUAACAAAACAGUUAAGAAAUUCAGUGUCACCGUGGAACAAACCACAGACAUCGUCCUCUACUCUGCAGACAAAUACACCAAGUCUGUUUAUAACCAAGAGUUUGGAGAGACGGUGGAGUCCAACAGCACCUACGAGAACACUCUGAGCAUCACCCCCGUUCUGGCUGACAACAAGGAGAAAAGGGGGCUGGCACUGGACGGACGACUGAAGGAUGAGGACACCAACUUGGCCUCCACCACUAUGCUGCGGCAGGGUGUUGAAAAAGAUUUGUUGGGGAUCCUGGUUUCCUACAAGAUUAAAAUCAACCUCAUGGUGGCCGGAGGAGGCCUGCUGGGCGGCCUCACUUCCAGUGAUGUCACAGUGGAGCUGCCGUUGCAGCUCAUGCACCCCAAACCUGAAGAGUAAAGGUUGAACAUCAGCUGUCUUGAAAGAAAUCUCCCCAUAGUCAAGAGAGGAUGUUACGCUGGAGGUUGAGAAGAAACCCAUAGAAAGACAGGAAGACAACGAGGGGAAGUGAAACAAAACAAAGAAGAAGAAAGAUGUGACUGGUGAAAUAAACCCAAACAACAAUAACCAAGCAACUGGAGAGAAUGAGCUUUUUGACACACCAAACGUACAGAUGUAACAGUCCCCUCACAGAUUCUGUUGUUCUUGUUUAAUUAUUAUCAAUUAGCUGUAGAAGAUGUAUUCUGUAAAAUAGUAUCCAACAUUUAGAGACCAAAUAGAACCACACAUACAAAAUUAAAAUCCUUUUCAAUUACUUCAGAGUAUGAGUGGCGUAAAAUGGGAACUCAGUUUGAAGCCUGAACAAGCCACUGUGCUUUGGACUACAGUGGUCACCUGUUAUUUUGAAUGGCACUUUUAUCUUUCCGUAAAAUGUAUCAGAUUACCCAUAAUACAAUAAAAUUAUUGUAAAAACUGAA